ACAGAAGUCUUGACUUGAUAUCCUCGACAUUACUUGUCGGACCACCCAUCAAACAAUGCCAGCGCCCGUGAUAGUAUUUUGCGUAUGCAUGCGCAGUAUGGAGUUACAGUGAUGAGGGGUAUCGAGUGACUUAUUCACGAGGCAGGAUAGGAAGAUGGAAGUAGAGUGGUAAGAGCAGACGAAGUCGAAAGGACUUAGAAAUCCGACGCGAUCGAGCUCAUAUUUCGUUCGUGACAAAGACAUAACGAGAUGUCACACAAGCGUGACCUGUCGUGACCUAGUCAAUUAGCAGCGGAUCCUACUGCCAAACCCAUCCCCGCCUUCCUAUCAAUCGCGAUGGACUCAGCCAACCUUGAUUUUAUUAACCGAAUGCUAGAACAGGACUCUGAACUGAGAGAGAAAAUCAAGGAUCAGGUCACAGAAUUUGACAAAAAGACUCGUACUAUGACCGGCUUGUUGAACAAGAUACAUUCGACGCCAACUGCACAAUUACCCCUCCUAUUGGACUCCGUGCAACCUAUCCUAGAGAGCUGCAAGGAAACUACAGGGGCUAUAGCAAAUUUGGUCCCAGCAAACCAGUUCUGGCGUUGGAAGGAGAUGUGGUCCAUCUCUUUACGCAAUGCUGUAUUCUCGGCCACCUUGAUCGAGUACCUUAGAAGCGGAACCCUGUUGACCCUCCCCCAAGUCAGCGACAUCCUUGGUAUUCAGCCCGAAUGGCAAGACAAGUUUACUCUCGCAGCAGAAGAUUAUCUACACGGGCUUAUAUCUCUCGUGAACGAGCUGUCUCGUUUGGCCGUGAACUCUGUCACCCUCGGCAAUUACGAGGAGCCUCUUAGGAUCUCCGCCUUUGUAAAGGACCUCUUCGCUGGGUUCACAAUGUUGAACCUGAAAAACGACGCACUACGUCGACGAUAUGAUAGCUUGAAAUACGACAUCAAGAAGAUCGAAGAAGUCGUAUAUGAUAUCUCCUUACGCAAGCUUGCACCGGUCUCCGGAAAAUAGUCAGCUCCAAAAAAUUCUUCUCAUACUUUCUUUGAUGCUUUUAUCGGAGGUAGCUCCCAUCCUUCAGGACCAAAACGGGGAAUCACCAUUGAUUCACCGUCUUUGUUCUGAACGGGUUUUGAAAGUGUGCAUAGGGUUUUGCCCAGACUCCAUAACCACGCUGGAUUGACGGUCGUAACACCUGUCAAACGAUCAAUCAGUCGACUAGCACGAAAUAAUAAUACAUCGACAUGCCUUUGAU